AUGUGUGGAAUAUUUUGUGGGUUGAGUCUGUCGUCUGCUCACGUUGACUGGGACAAAACAGCGUAUGGAUAUUUAAAAAGAAGAGGACCAGACUCAAGUCAGAAUGUCACAGUUACAGGCACGGAUUCCAGCUAUUGUUGUUCAUUUUCUGCCCAUGUUCUUCACAUGAGGGGCCACCUUACCCCGCAGCCAGUCCAGGAUGAUGCUGGAAACAUCCUCCUGUGGAAUGGAGAGAUUUUUGGGGGACUACCAGUGACUCCAGAGGAGAAUGACACCGCUGUUGUUUCACAGAGGUUGUCAACCUGCAGCAGCCCCUCAAAGAUUCUUACUGUUCUAUCUGCUAUACAGGGUCCGUGGGGGUUUGUUUACUACCAGAAAGCUGGAGAUUAUCUCUGGUUUGGCAGAGACUUCUUUGGCAGAAGGAGCUUGCUUUGGAAAUAUGAUGACGAGCUCACAGCCUUGACAGUGACUUCUGUAGCGGCCCAGUUAUCUGCAGCCGAUCGGUCCAGUUGGAAAGAAAUCCCAGCAGUUGGCGUGUACCGGGUUGCUCUGAAGGCAGUGGCGGAGGCUGGUUCUGUGUCAUUUGAGAUUUUUCCGUGGGUGCAUGCAGGGAAUGAUUUCAUCUCAAGUUGCAGUGAAAUUAUACUGGAGUCUAUCCCUGGAGGCUGCAGCGCUGUGAUGAAUCAGUCAGGCCUUACACUCACCUCACCUGUGUGCCCUCUGAAUACAUCAUUAAACCAAACAGAAAUUCAUCCAGACUCACAUUUAUCUCUCAGCAAUCUGGAGGAGCUGCUGGUCAGCAAAAAGAAAACUGACGAGGUGAACCAUCUAAUCGGCGUCCUCAGUGAAGCAGUGAGACGAAGAGUUCACUCUCUGUCUUUUAGGGAUCUGGACAGUUCACUACCUACUCGUGACCACGCCAGCAUCGCUAUACUUUUUUCAGGAGGUAUUGAUUCAAUGAUCUUGGCCGCCUUAGCAGACCGCCAUGUUCCUGCUCAUCAGCCUAUAGACCUUCUCAAUGUAGCAUUUAAACUACAGGAACCAAAAAAACAGAAAGAGUCUGCAAAAAAACUUAAAAAGAAACCCACAGGUUACAAAACUGAUGAGGCAGGUUCCCAGACAUUCAGUCCCUUUGAUGUUCCAGACAGACUCACUGGAAAAGCUGGUCUGAAGGAAUUACAAGACCUGAACCCUGACAGGAUGUGGAAUUUUGUUGAGAUCAAUGUAACACGGGAGGAGCUGCAGAAAAUGCGCCAGGAGCGCAUUUCUCAUUUAGUGCAUCCGCUGGACACAGUGUUGGAUGAUAGUAUCGGAUGUGCUGUGUGGUUUGCUGCAAGAGGUGUGGGGGUCAUCAUGGAGGACGGCGACCAGAGGCCCUUCACGUCAUCCGCUAAGGUCAUUCUGACGGGAAUUGGAGCAGAUGAGCAGCUAGCUGGUUAUUCCAGACACAGAGUUCGAUUUAAGAUGUCGGGGCAUGAAGGGCUGGUCCAGGAACUAGCCAUGGAGCUGGGCAGGAUAUCCUCCAGGAAUUUAGGCAGAGAUGACAGAGUGAUAGGAGACCAUGGAAAGGAAGCAAGGUUUCCAUACUUGGACGAGGAUGUGGUCAGCUACCUGAAUUCCCUGCCUGUGUGGAAGAAGGCUGAUCUGUCACUCCCACGAGGCGUUGGGGAGAAACUCCUCCUGAGGCUGGCCGCGAAGCAGCUGGGCCUCGGCCGAUCCGCCGUCCUACCCAAGAGAGCCAUGCAGUUUGGCUCCCGCAUCGCAAAGAUGGAGCACAGCCAUGAAAAGGCUUCUGACAAAUGCUCAAGACUCCUCACUGGGUAGAUCAGAAAUCAGUUUAUUAGAAAAUAUUCAUUAUAAACUUCAUUAUAAACAUACAGUUCUUUGUCCAGGAUUUUACAUUAGAUUUUUUUCAUGUAUAUGAAUUAAAAGAAAGUGAUCAUAAUUAUAAUAAAUCUUUGUCCUAUUUCCUCUAAACCAUGUAA